CCACUUGCCCCAGAUGACUUCCUGAACUUAAAAAGGCUUUAUGGGUGUAUUUUUGUGAAUCCUCACUAAACAAGCCAAGAUGUUGGCACCAGUUAUGUGAGUUUAACAGUUGCUGCAUGGGGGGAAAGGAAGAUGUGAGUGGAUAUAAUGGAGGAGGUCUGGUGUCUGGGAUGUGGGCAGUGUUUGGAAAGGAGGACUUCAUCAGACAGUUGGCAAAUAGUGCUGGAAGCUUGAAAACACACCACACAAACGUACACAUACAACUCCCAGGGGUUCCAGUGAGGACUCAGGUUAACCUGUCUCUACUGUAGCGGCUGAUCAAACAGAAUUGUGCAUCUCAUGGCUCUCUGGCUCUGUGGUGUGUUGGUGCUGUUCUGUGCCUCUGAUGCUGCCCAGGCCAUGUUAGUCACCGACAUGGACUAUGGAGGCAUUCCUCUGUGGAUAAACCGCCUGCUUGGUGAGCCCAGCGUUUUAAGUCUCCAGGGAAGGAUGGACCCGGCCUGGUUUCGGGCCAACAACCCCCAGUUCUGUCCUGAGCAGUGUGUGUGUCCAAUCCAGUGGCCAACAUCGCUCUACUGUGACAACAUAGCUCUCGAACACAUCCCUGAAGGACUGCCACCAAGAACCCAAUACUUGUUUCUACAGGCCAACAACAUCUCAUCUCUGUCCUCCUCCAUCCUGGCUAAUAUUACCGGUCUGCGCUGGCUGAUCAUCGACAAUAAUCAGCUCAAGAGUGAAAACCUGGAGAUAGGAUCCCUGCAGAACCAGAAAGACCUGCGCUACUUUUUUGCAAACAACAACCACCUGACUUCAGUGCCUAACGGUCUACCGGCCGGGCUGAAACAGCUGCGACUGGCCAACAACCUUAUCAGCAGCAUCAGCCCAGGAGCGUUUCAGAACCUGGAAUAUCUAUCGGUGCUGUUACUGCAGGGGAACAGACUGCAGACCAUCACAGAGGCAGAGCUCAAAGGUGAUGGGAUUUAUGGGGGUCAGGAGGAUGAAGAUGGUGGUCAGGGGAAUGAAGAUGUCGUCAGGAGGAAGGCCAUGGUGGUCAGGAGGAUGAUGAUGGUGGUCAGGGGAAUGAAGAUGGGGGUCAGGAGGAUGAAGAUGGUGGUCAGGGGAAUGAAGAUGGGGGUCAGGAGGAUGAAGAUGGUGGUCAGGGGAAUGAAGAUAGUGGUCAGGUCGAUGACGACGGUUGUGGAUGACGAUGAAGGUCAGGAGGAUGACAAUGGUGGUCAGGAAGAUGAUGAUGGUGGCCAGGGGGGUGAAGACGGAUGUCAGGAGGAUGACGACCGUCUACGUCUGUUCUCCACAGAGUUCAACGUGACCAGUUUCUGCAGAGAGGUGGGGCCUCUGUCCUACUCCAGAAUGAAAAUCCUACGGCUGGAUGGAAAUGAAAUGACAUACCACCAGCUGCCCCCUGACUGGGUUUACUGUCUCCGAGUGCUUCUGAGAAUAUUCAUCUGACUCUAAGAAAUAGUAAAACAGAUGUAUAGCAUUUCCUGCUCCAAACUGGUGCUACAAGAAAAAAACAUGACAAAACACCUCAGCUUUUGAUUGUCCAGUUCAUUGUUUGUGGUCUUUGCAUUAAAGCUUGAAAUCAAUGAAGAGCUGUGAUUUACAUUGUUUUCAC